UUUUCAAUGUCUUCCUCCUCAUCGUCCAGUGCUUCAAGCUCACGCAAUUCCUCACCCGAGCCUCCAAAAAAGCGCAAACGCGCAGCUCAGGAUGAGUCAGACGCUGACUCAGACUCAGAUUCCGAUAACGAUGAGCCGCAACCGGCGACCGAAACGCUCCCCAUUCCCGUAGACGAACCUGUUCUCUCCCAUAAACAAAAGCGGAUGCAGAAGAAAAAAGAGAAGGAGGAGGCCAAAGCGGCCAGUAAGAAGAAGAGGAAGCUACCCGACGGCUCCGCUGUGUCUGUGAAGGACGACAAGGGCAAGCGGCAGAAUUCCGUUUGGGUGGGCAAUCUAAACUUCAAGACCACACCGGAAGCGCUCAGUGCGUUCUUCAAAGAUGCAGGCGAAGUCACGAGAAUCAACAUGCCGCAUAAAACGUCCACUGUGCGUGGUGUCAAGCCCGAGAACAAGGGGUAUGCGUAUGUCGAUUUUGCAUCUCCAGACGCAAAAACUAUCGCCAUAACCAUGUCGGAGCAAAAUCUGCUGGGUCGAAAGCUAUUGAUCAAAGAUGGUGACGACUUUGCUGGCAGACCCACCACUACUCCAACACAUGGAGACCCAAAUGCUGCUGCUGCUGCUGCAGGUGUAACAGGCCUAACAAAAAGUGCUCAACGCAUCCUUCGUGCCCAGCAACAACCACCCGCGCCAACUUUGUUCUUAGGGAACCUACCAUUCGAAACGACUGAAGACAGCAUACGGGAACUAUUCCAAGCGCAUCGCAAAAAGGUCGUUCAGAAGGUGGAGGACGAGGGCGGCGCAGGCGAGGACAACUCGGAAACACAGAAAGAAUCUAUACGGAAAGUGCGGAUGGGGACAUUUGAGGACAGCGGUCUGUGUAAAGGCUUUGCCUUCGUUGAUUUUAUAUCGACACAAGAGGCCACCAACGCUUUGGUCAAUCCCAGAAAUCACCAUCUCAAUGGGCGGGACUUGAAAGUCGAGUACGCCUCGGCUGAUGCAGUAAGGCGGGGUCAACCAAAGGAGCGUAACCCAGAUGGAGCUCCCAAGCGAUAUAAAGAACCCAAGCGGCUCGGUCCCCGCGCGGAGAAACGCGUGAAAAAGGAGGAGACAGACUUUACAGAGGUGGAACAAAAAGAAGACAAGCAAUCGCGUGACCGGUCUGGUGGGAAGCCUUACAAGAAAGGGUGGAAGAGUAGAGAGGAGCAGGCUGCGAGCGAGAAAGGGCCAAAGAGUCGACCACGACCUGGGGCAGCUUUAGCUCAGGCGAAACGCGAGAGUACCGCCAUUGUACCUGCUCAAGGAAAGAAGAUUGUAUUCUGA